AUGAAGCAUAGCUGUCGAUUAAGGGUAUUUAAUGUUCUCCCAAAACUGGGUUUUGUCUCUGAACUUGAACAUGAACACUCACAGAAACAACAACAACAAGAACAGGAUCAGGAGCAGCCAUCACUGGCACCAGAGUUACCAGUGUACUUGAAACCUAGUCGCAGUGGACGCCGAAAGGCGAGUUUUUGCUUCUCACGAAUGGCAGAGGAUCCUCCUGAGUACGCCUUUAAAGCACCUGCUCUUGGAACAGCCGCUCCACUUUUUUCUAUCACAUCCCCUUCUUGUGAAUACUAUGCUCUGCGGCUUCCUCUUUUAAAAGCAGGUUUUAAGCGUUUACCUACUGGAGUUAACCUUAAUAUUCCCUCUAAUAUCCUUUGGGGACGUUCUAUUUCACAAAAUACCAACAAAGAUAUUUCUUCAUAUUCAUUAUCAUCGUCAAUAUCACCAUUAGGAGUGUCAUCAUUGAGACGAGGUUUCCCAUCAUGCUUACCAGAAAAGUUAGAGAAUGGUGUACAACAUCUUAAUAUCCCAUGUAUGGUAUCUCCUUAUCAACGUUUUAAUCAUUUUCCUCAAAGUCAUGCUAAUGUAGGAUGUAAGUGGGGUUUGACGAAACGAUUACGAAAAGCAUCGGAUUUACAUAAAGCGGCAGGUGAAAAACAGCCCUUGUAUAACUUUAUACCUCGUACAUGGGCAUUUCCUGAUGAGAAAGAAGAACUUAUGAAAGCUUUAUCGGAGGCCUCACCGAUGCAGAGGUUUAUUUGGAAACCUGCACGAGGUAGUUGUGGUCGUGGUAUAUUCACAUGUAUGGGUGGUUCUAAAAAUUCUGAGAAGUGGAAAUCUAUAGCGACAACUAUUGAAAAUCGUCUAUUAGGAGAAAAUUCUUUACUUAAUGUUGGUAGUCGAAGGUAUGUUGUACAAGAUUAUAUUGAAAAUCCUUUACUUAUUGAUGGACGUAAAAUUGAUCUCCGUCUCUAUGUUGCUGUAACAAGCUAUGAUCCUUUGAUUAUUUACUUACAUGAAGAAGGUUUAGUUCGUCUGGCUGUUCAUGGGUAUGAUAGUGGUCAAAUGUUAAAUUUUGAUCCUUUUCGUGAUCUUACAAAUUAUUCAGUUGGAAGAAGGUGGAACGCACGUUGUAAGCAAUUUCGAGAACGAGAGGAAGUAAAUUCUACACUUGAUUUGAAUCCCGUGGAACAGCAGCAGCAACAACAACAACAACAACAACAACAACAACGUCAUCAACAACAAGAAGAGGAAGAAGAAAAAGUAGAGCUUAAAAAGAGUUUGAAAGAGUUAUGGGAACAUAUUGAUAAUAUGUACCCACUUCCCUUACAUAUUAUUCCAUCAACAACACUCGCGAAUGCUCCACCCUAUAGACGUAUGUCUGAAAAAGUUUGGGAUGAUAUUGCAUCUGUGAUUAUUAAAACACUUCUUGCAGUAAAAAUUCCUUUAACGAAUGCAUUGGAUACUGCAUCUUUUCCUGGAAGUUUUUUCGAACUUUAUGGAUUUGACAUGAUGCUUGAUGCCAAGCUAAAGCCAUGGCUUGUUGAGGUUAAUACAUUACCCUCCCUUGCCAGUACCUCACCACUUGACUACAGAGUUAAGACUAAUAUUAUGGCAGAUCUUCUUAAUCUUGCCAUGAUUGAACCAUUUGAACGUCCAUUUGGAUGUUUUGACGGAUUGGGCGAAAAAGCACGCCAAUCCGGUCUUUGUGAACCCCUCACUGCAGAAGCAACAAAAGUAGUAAAUCGCUGGAGUGAGAAUGUGAAUAACAUGAAAGUACCUGUGGAGGAUCAUGAGGCGAGAGAAGAAGUACAUCUUCGCCUACAGGAUGAGUUAGAGUACUCUCGUGGCUUUCGCCGCAUCUUUCCACCGCUACCAACAUCGUACCCAUCUCCACUAAUGAAUGAGGUAAAUAUAUUGUCUCGACACAUUUCUCUCUCUAAAGCAGAUAUAUGGGCUUUGGAAGGGUAA